CUCUCCCGACGUGAACACCUGCAUUCCUUGUUUCAUCUCAAAGGCGACCUACAUCUCAAAUUUGGGUAAGGAGGCGAUAAAGGUGUGGGUUUUAAUUAUAGGGGGCAGUAGGUUUUUUCUCCCACUGUUCAUCCUCUUUCUCCUUGGGUAUGGGUUUAUUUUGAAAUACGCAGUUGGGACAGAGAUCGAAUAGAGGGUAUGCACUGGAGACAAGAAGACAAAGAAGAAAUCACAGCUUAAAGUGAUCUUGUCAACAAUAUUGCCGGUGGUUCUGCUCAGCUUUGCACUGAUAUUAUAUGCUUGGAGAACUAAGAAGAAAUCACAUCUUAAAGGGUGUGCUUGAAGGAGGAGAAAUUGCUGUCAAGCGGCUGUCAAAAACGUCAAUGCAGGGACUCAUUGAGUUCCAGAAUGAAGUUAGAUGUAUUGCUAAGCUUCAGCAUCGUAAUCUUGUGAAGCUUUUGGGAUACUGCGUUCAAGGAGAGGAAAAGAUUUUGAUUUAUGACUACAUGCCCAACAAAAGCUUGGACUCUUUUUUAUUUGGUUGGAAGCCCUCAAGACUAUAUAAAAGCACACACCUGAUUAAAUACUUAAACCCUGUAAUACAAACUAACAAUCAGUUCAAACUGGUGGCAGAUGAAAACAACUCCGCGUCACUUGACUGGCCUCAACGCUACCACAUUAUCAACGGGAUUGCUCGAGGACUUCUUUAUCUCCAUCAAGAUUCCAGACAUAGAAUAAUCCAUAGAGAUCUCAAAGCUAGUAAUAUCUUGCUUGAUUCCAACAUGAACCCAAAAAUAUCGGACUUUGGCUUGGCUAGAAUGUUCAAAGAAUAUGAGACCGAAGCCAAAACAAAGAAAGUUGUUGGUACAUUGGGUUACAUUUCUCCAGAGUAUGCAGCAAAUGGGGUUUUCUCAGUAAAAUCAGAUGUAUUUAGCUUUGGUGUUUUGGUGUUAGAGAUUGUGAGUGGGGCGAAAAACAGAGGAUUCUCUCAUCAAGAUCACCACAAUAACCUUCUUGGGCAUGCAUGGAGACUCUACAGGGAAGCCAAGCCCCUGGAACUGGUUGAUGUAGCUUUAGGGGGCUCGUGGAAUGUUUCUGAAGUGCUUCAAUCAAUACAUGUUGGUUUAUCAUGUGUGCAACAACAUGCAGAAGAUAGACCAAGCAUGUGGUCCGUGAUUCACAUGUUGGGUGGUGAGGGUGCACCACCUCCCCCAAAACAACCUGGAUUUUUCACGGAGUCUACCUUAAGCAUGCCAGAAGUGCCGGUUUCCAUCAAUGAAGUCACAAUUACACAAUUAGAUGCUAGGUAAUUACAUAAAGGCAUAUAGAGCCAUGACCAAUCACACCACACAUGUCAUCAAUUGUUCAAUCAAGAGUUUUUAUGUGUUUGAGAGCCAUAGAAUAGGCUCUCACAAAAAAGAUGUCCAAGGGCGCAUAGGUGUUUACUAUGGGUUUUUUUUUCUUCUUCUUCUUUCGGUGAAUCGCUUGAAGUCAAAUAUCUUGUUUCACCUUGUCUUAUAGGGUGAGUGUUGAACACAUCUGUUCCACAUAAAAAUCAUGUCAAAUAUGAAACGGUGAUCCAUGUUUUAUUUUAUUCAAUCCAUCCAUGUUUUACCAAAUGCACCAAAGUUUUGUUUAAUUUUUCUCUUUUAUCUCCUCGUGCGAUAAUGAAUGUAUGCGCUUUUCUGAUUUCUCUCUUGGAAUGUAUGUUUGGUUUUGUUAAACGUGUGAUUAUGUGUAGAUUUUCAAAU